GAUGAUAUUCCACUUGGUCCUUAUUUGUUUCGUUAUCGCUUUGACACUCGCUCGCUCGCCGAGGAUCGGUUUCAAAGCUCUGAUGCCCGGGAAAUUGAUGCUACUCGUUACUGCGACUUCGAUGGCACUCGAAACAACUACGGCGCGGCUGAUUUGGUACAGUGUCUCGAAUGGUUGAUCGGCGAUCUCAUUGAUCGAGAUAAUGGAGGACAAGCCGCCAAGAAAAAUCAGUGGAACGGGUCAACGGGCAGGCAGAUGUCUUUCACGGACAUUUUCGCGAGUCUGUUGGACCAGGGCCAAUCUCCGCCGCAUCAGACCGCCGCCUCCUUUCCGCCGGAUACGACGUCUGGCUACUACCAAUCGAAUUAUCCGGCGAUACCAAGCGGAAUGUUCGAUCUUCCGGCGGGAUUUCGGCUGGAUCUUCUGGACGCCCUGUCCACGAUAUCCAGCCACGACCACUACAAGUGCGUGGCAAGGAUACUCUGCGAAAUGGCGAGCGGAAAACUUCCCGGGCGAUCUUUAAGCAAACAAACCUCCUCGAAUUUCUUCGACUUCCUCGGGAAAAACGCUUUCAUGGAAUGGCUGACCAACGUCGACGUCGCCGGCCAUUCGCCGUUCUUGAACUUCGGCAGAGCGAUGGUGCUCGGUUACAGCAACAGAGGAAACUCCGUCGCCUGCUUCAGGGCAUUCCCGAAGUGCCCCAAGGACCCCGGCCAGCUAAUUUAUUACUUGAACAAUUACAACGGAGGGUUCUUCCGACUUUUCAACAGGAUUCGCAUUGGGAGACGCGGGGAAUUCGAUCGUUUACGUGAGCGGCGACGUGAUCAUCCCGCAAUUAACGCUCAAGGGAGAAUCAUAACUGCUUCGUGGAUCGACGCCGACGCGCCGAGUGGUUUCGGAAGCGAGAUUCAAUUUCCCAUUAACGAAGAUUUCAAGAACAACAACGAGAUUGUUUUCCCGGACGAAAGGUUUCCGAGAAGCGAGUUUGCAACGAAUGAUAUUCCCGAUUACGUGCCGACGUCUGAGGAGAACGUUUGGCACAGUGAUCGCGUCCCGUUUUUCCCUCAGGUGUCGCAUGGCAAAAGAUAUUCUCGGUUGCGAUUCCCUUGAAUCGUCGCAACAAAAACGUAAGAAAAUAAGAGAUUCGAUUUUAGUCACUGUCGCGAACCACCCCAAAGCUGUUAAUAUUUAAUAGAUUAACUAUAUUUAUACAGA